UAAUUAUCGGGUUUUCACGUUGUCGAGAAAACGAGGACGAGCGAACUUAGGGUUGGCGAACUCGUGUUCAGAGGAGGCGUCUCAUCCCUGUAACUAGUCCAGUCGGUCGGUCGGUCGUCGCAGCUUCGAUGCUCUCGCUCAGGAAUCAGCCGACAGCUGGCUCAUGGAACCGGUCUCUCGACGCGGGCGGCUGGUCCGGACGGUCGCACCUGGCUCCCUUUUAUAGCAUCACGCCUCGUAUUUCGUAUAAAGAAUAAUAUAUCGUCCCGCAUCUCCCUCUGAGCCAGCUCAGUCCAUCAGCAUGUGCUACCCCGUAGAGCUCACCAAUGUCCCCUGUCCAAUGUGCAAGGUCUUCAAGCCAACCGGCGCAAGGUGUCCUCACAUCAAAGACAUCUGCUCGAAUAGGGCCCUUCACCCCCGUCAUGACGUAGCCCAUCUGAGGAAUGCAGAGGUCAAGUCUUUCAAUGGCUGUGGCUACUGCAAGUGGGCUCGUUCCAACCCUCCUGCCAAGCUUUCUGGUCACUACAACCCUGGUUGGCCUGGUUGUUGUCGACCCCCCACUUCCAGCGAACAGCGCCUCAUACAGGCUGCUGAUUGGCCAACUGUCAGCAUCGUUCAUAAUAUACCCAUGCCUCCCGAGAUCAAAUCUAUUCUGGAAAAUCUGGCAUCGAGAGGUAGUCCGUUACCCGGUAUGACAUCUUCUAGCCGUAGCCAAGGUCCCCAAGCUAUCGUGCCUUCUUUGGAUCGUCGGAACAGCGGAAAUAGUCCGACGAUCCGGGCCAGCCCGUCGCCCGCGAAAACGCAGCCUGUCUCGAUUCCCGCCAGGGGGACACGUCCUGGUGGAAGUCCCGUCCAACAGAAUUCCUCCCUCGCCGGCACUACACCCCGUGCAGCAGGCCCUUUGUCAUCAAGCACCAACACCCAUCUUGAUCAUUCUUCGAUUUCUCGUCGCCAAACUUACACUGAAGGAUCAGCAGAUAAGUCGCGGGCCCCUUCGGUCCGGAGGGCCACGGAUGCAGAUGGGACCUUGUCUAGGCGCUCUGCUAGUGUCCGCCCAUCCUUGUCAGCAGUUGCACCAUCCUUUAACUCUUCGAAGAGUUUCGGUGAUUAUUCCCCCCAACACCAUCCAUUGCCAUAUCCGCCAGUGCCACACCCGUCACCUGUAGAGUCAAAUACUCUGUCCUCACAAGAGGCCCCUUCUGAUCGCACCCCAUUUUCGAGAAGACCGGCCCUGGAAAGCGUGAUGGCUGCACUAGACAUUGGCAAUUCUUCAGAAAGUAGCAGCGAUAGUGGUAGUUCGCGAGGCUCGGGAUCGGAUGCGACCGUCAUCUCUGAUGGAGCAUUUACGGACUACCUGUCAGACGAGUCCGAAGCAGAACUUCAGAGACAAGCGGAGGCCAAGGCCGCCCUGGUCGCCCAGAAUCAAGCAGAGGAACAAGAGUUCAAAGCUGCAAGGCAACAACUUGUAGGAGUUGGCCUGCGACCACCGAAGUCAUGGAAUGAUACUAACGACAAUUUGCUUCGCACUUCUUCUCAUACGCAUUAUUCUGCCUAUGGCUCUGCCCCUUACGCGCCUACCCCUGUUGCACAUCAUGCGCGUUGAUGGUGUUACAGUUUGCUGUUGUGGACUGCUCUAUGAGGUGUUUCCUCUGUGUUUAUACAUAUAACAGCUAUGGGUCUCUCGUAUAUACGAUGUAUGAAUAUUGGGUGUAGAGAUUGUAGACUUGCUAGUGUCAUUCGGCGUCCCCUAUCUUGACCAAGUAUGGUAAUGACACUGGUAC